AUGUUUGGAAAAGAGGAAUGUCCGGUCAUCGGGGACCCUAUCUUCGAGAAUAAGCCCUCGAAUGAUGAAUAUGCAUCUGACCAUCGAGAAAACAUUCGUCUCCAGCGUUCCUUUGGAACAGCUGCAGAGCGAGCACGGCGAAACAUGAACGCGAAGCUUGCCAAUCCCCUGGCCGGAUACACCCAGGAGGAACUACGCCAGCAGGGCAUCAACUUCGCCAUCACUCACCAGAUGGGUGACGAAGAGGAUGUGCGUGCCUUUGCAAUGGGUGCCAUGUUGGCGCAGGUUCCUGAAAGAUAUGCAGAGGUGCCCGGCCUGACGCCCCAGGAGUUGGCAGUUCUAGAGAAUGAAUACGCUCAUCGCUGGUCCCAGCCGUGGACAAUGUACCUGGUCAUUUGCUUGUGUUCCCUGUCGGCUGCUGUUCAGGGAAUGGAUGAAACUGUCGUCAAUGGCGCCCAGAUUUUCUAUAAGCAUCAGUUCGGUAUCGAUCGCGGCAGCGAAUCGAGGUCAAACUGGCUGCUUGGCCUCGUAAACUGCGCACCCUACAUGUGUUGCGCUCUGAUCGGCUGCUGGUUAACCGUCCCAUUCAACGCUUGGUUCGGCCGACGAGGCACCAUCUUCAUUACCUGCUGUUUUUCGGCCAUCACCUGUCUCUGGCAGGGAUUCGUCAACACCUGGUGGCAUAUGUUCAUUGCGCGCUUUGCUCUGGGCUUUGGCAUCGGUCCCAAGUCAGCCACCGUCCCGAUCUACGCCGCAGAAACAGCCCCUCCGGUCAUUCGUGGUGCCUUGAUACAGGACCCUGCAGGGAUCGUCGGUCUCAACUGGCGCUUAAUGAUGGCCUCGGCCUUAGUUCCAGCCCUUCUCGUCUGCUGCUUUGUUUUCACGUGCCCCGAGUCGCCUCGUUGGUACAUGUCGCACAACCGCUAUGACAAGGCCUAUGAGUCCAUGUGCAGUUUACGUUUCAACAAGGUCCAGGCUGCGCGUGAUUUGUACUACAUGCACACAUUGCUGCAGGCAGAGACAGGCAUGAAGCUGGGGCAGAACAAACUCAUCGAACUUAUCGCCGUUCCCCGAAACCGGCGCGCGUUGAUUGCGUCGGAGCUCGUCAUGUUCAUGCAACAGGUAUGUGUCAAUGUUAUUGCCUACUAUUCAUCUGAGAUCUUCCUCGGGACUACGGGAAAUUCACUGACGCAGUUGUCCGUAUCAAACCAGCGAAAAGCACUGGCAGCCUCUUUCGGAUGGGGUAUGAUCAACUGGCUUUUCGCUAUACCGGCUGUAUACACAAUUGAUACCUUUGGACGUCGCAACCUUCUUCUCACCACAUUUCCACUAAUGGCACUGUCUAUGUUCUUCACCGGCUUCAGCUUCUGGAUACCGGAAGAUACACACUCCUCCACCCGGCUUGGAUGCAUUGCGCUAGGCACGUAUCUAUUCGCGAUAGUGUAUUCUGUCGGGGAGGGUCCAGUCCCAUUCACAUAUUCCGCCGAAGCUUACCCACUUUACGUCCGUUCCCACGGCAUGGCCUUGGCCACGGCGACAACAUGGCUGUUCAACUGUCUGCUAGCCAUUACCUGGCCCUCCCUGCGUGCGGCAUUUACCCCGCAGGGGGCUUUCAGCUGGUACGCGGGGUGGUGCAUCGUCGGAUGGUGGCUAAUCCUGAUGUUCAUGCCUGAAACUAAGGGCAAGACGCUGGAGGAAUUGGACCAAGUGUUUUCAGUUCCGACGCGAUUCCAUGCCGCAUACGGACUUCGCCAGAUUCCUUACUUUUUCCGAAGGGAGUACAAGUCAUCACAUCGUCAGACAGCAGUUGGAACGAUUGUUGAUCCGCAUGUUUUGGCGGCUUUAUAUGAAGAAAAUCUCCCCCGGUUCGCUAACAGGCCAAUCAUCGGCAGCGCAGAGAUUAAUCCAUCCCCAGCUGUUUGUUCUGUUUGCGGCAUUUGCGCUGUUUGGUUCCAUUUCACAUCAAAAAAAUCUCCCCAAAAGAAUGUCUUCCAGAAUGGGGUCAGAACCACAGGCCGGGCCUUCCACUCCCCCAACUGGCGUGUGAAGCGCGAUGAGAGCCCUAGUGGUCAGAGCGCCGCUGCCGGGUCCCCCGGUCCCAAGACCAGCACCUCGAGAAUUGCAUUCAGCAGACCCAGCCCGCAUGUGCCCCAGGCUAUCUCGGAGGGCCGCCGUCUCUACGUGGGCAACAUGCCCUACACGGCCAAGUCGGAGAAUGUGCAGGCUCUCUUCGAUGCGGCUGAGUUCCGAAUCGAGCGUAUCGACAUCGCCAUCGAUCCUUUCACCGGCCGCAACCCCUCAUACUGUUUCGUCGAUCUGGAGACCAAGGAGCUGGCUGAGCGCGCCAUGACGGAGUUGGACGGUCGGGACAUGCUUGGUCGUCCCGUCAAGAUCAAGCCUGGUGUCGUGAAGACCCAGAGUGAGCGGGCUCAGCAGCAGCAACAGCAACAGCCGCGCUCGGAUGCCUCUCCUCGUGAGGCUCGUUCUUCUCCGUUCAGCAUGGACCGGUGGCGCCGCGGCGACGAGGCCCAGCCCCCGCGCACUCCGUCGAAGACCACUACCACCACCGCCGCCAGUACCCCCUCCAAUAGCGAUCCCAGCCGUCGCCUCUAUGUUGGCGGCCUCCCAAGGUUGACGGACCAGGAGGCGAUCACCAGCAACAUGACCAACUUCUUCAAGGAUUACAAAGUUGAGAAUGUCAGCAAGCUGUUCGCUCCUCACCCCGCGAAGAGAUUCGAGCCCGGUGACCACUACUACCUGUUCGUCGACUUCAGCAGCGUCGAGGAGGCUGAGAAUGCCAUGAACGCACUGAACCGCGCGGAGGGUCCCUGGGGUGCCGUCCUCCGGGUCCAGAGAGCCCGUGGAGAGAACAACUCGCAAGAGCGGAGACCCAAGUGGUCGUCCAGCCGAGACGAAGCCACCCCGGUUGCUGAGGAGGUUGCGGCCGCCGCAUAG